UUAAAUAAAAUGUAAAAUUACUUAUGAAGCGAGUUGGCAGCUCUGUUUCCAAGAGCAAUACACUUAUUUUUAAACGUAUUGGAAUAAUGCAGCAGUUUAGUGCGCGGGAGAAAUAUUUGGUGUCCAACACCUUGAACUGCUGGCCCGUGAUGCUGCAGGGUCAUUCCGUGCUGAUCGAUCUGCACAACGAGACCUCCGUGGCCGGAAUCAUCGAUGUAGCGGAUGGACACAUGACCUGCGAGCUCACCCAUGCAGUUUUCAUCGAUCGCAAUGGUGGUCAGCACCCCUUUGAUAACUUCAUGGUGCGGAAUCGUAUGAUCCGGCAGAUCCAUAUACCUUCGUACUUGGAUGCCGAGCAGGAACUUCGAAGCGCAAUGGAACGGGGAGUCCUGCGAAGAAAGCGAGUGGAAACCAAGGGCGGAAAGCGGACAUUCAAGCAAAAACGAGCGGAAGUGCGACACAAGGAAACAUUGGAAAUGAUCUCCCAGCAGAAAAAGAAUAAGGAGACCUCAACCUAGACCUAUUAUAUUUACCAAUAAUACCUACAUUUAUACUAUUAACCCAUUAAAGCCAAAAAAAAUGGGCCCAAUCCAUUAUACACAAAACAUAGUCUCUAGCACGUUUA